AAAGAGGAACCAGAAACCUGGAAAAUAAAAGAAGAGGAACCAGAAAUAUUGAGAAUAAAACAUGGGGAACCAGAAAUAUUGAGAAUAAAACAUGGGGAACCAGAAAUAUUAAGAAUAAAACACGAGGAACUAGAAAUAUUGAGAAUAAAACAAGAUGAAUCAGAAACCUGCAGAAUAAAACGCGAGGAACAAGGAGAGUUCAUUGAAGAGAAAGAGGAGAAUGAAGAAUCAAGUGAAGUUGAGGAGAAAAAUCUGGUAAAAACUGGAGGAAAACCUUUGAGUUGCUCUCAAACCAAACAGAAAGAUCUAAAGAAAAAAAGAGUCAAGAAAUCUUUCACCUGCACUCAGUGUGGAAAGAGUUUCACACACAAAGCAAGUUUUGAGCGUCACAUGAGAGUUCAUACUGUAGAGAAACCUUUCACUUGUGAUCAGUGCGGGAAGAGUUUCAAACAAUCAGCAAACCUUAAGAGACACAUGAAGAUCCACACUGGAGAGAAACCGUAUACAUGUGAUCAAUGCGGUGAAAUGUUUUUAUGGGCUUCACUUCUUAAGAAACACUAUAAAUUUCAUUCAAAGGAGAAACCACAUUCAUGUAAUUUGUGUGGUAAGAGUUUUUGGAAUCUACAAAGUUUGAAAGUACAUCAGAAAAUACAUACUAGUGUGAGAGAGCACAUGUGCUUUGAGUGUGAAAAGACUUUUAGUUCAGCGAGCAAUUUAAAACAGCACGAGAGGAUCCACACUGGAGAGAAACCUUAUAAGUGUUCACACUGUGACCAGAGAUUUAAUCAUUCACCACAUCUGAAAACACAUGAGAGUAUCCACUCUGGAGAGAAACCUUAUAAGUGUUCACAAUGUGACAAGAGAUUCAGUUGUUUACCAUAUCUGAAAACACAUGAGAGGAUCCACACUGGAGAGAAACCUUAUAAGUGUUCACAAUGUGACAAGAGAUUCAGUCUUUUACGAUAUCUGAAAACACAUGAGAGGAUCCACAAUGGAGAGAAACCUUAUAAGUGUUCACACUGUGACCAGAGAUUUAAUCAAUCAACACAUCUGAAAACGCAUGAGAGGAUCCACACUGGAGAGAAACCUUAUAAGUGUUCACAAUGUGACAAGAGAUUCAGUCUUUUACGAUAUCUGAAAACACACGAGAGGAUCCACAAUGGAGAGAAACCUUAUAAGUGUUCACACUGUGAACAGAGAUUUAAUCAAUCAACACAUCUGAAAACACAUGAGAGGAUCCACAAUGGAGAGAAACCUUAUAAGUGUUCACACUGUGACCAGAGUUUUAAUCAAUCAACACAUCUGAAAACACAUGAGAGGACCCACACUGGAGAGAAACCUUAUAAGUGUUCACAGUGUGACAAGAGAUUUAAUCAGUUGCCAAGUCUGAAAAAACAUGAGAACAUCCACAAUGGAGAGAAACCUUAUAAAUGUUCACACUGUGACAAGAGAUUCAGUCAUUCUUCAUGUGUGAAAUCACAUGAAAGGAUCCAUAAUGGAGUGAAACCUUAUAAGUGUUCACACUGUGACAAGAGAUUCAGUCAUUCGGCAAAUCUGAAAACACAUGAGAGGAUCCACACUGGAGAGAAACCUUAUAAGUGUUCACACUGUGACAAGAGAUUCAGUCAUUCAACACAUCUGAAAAGACAUGAGAGGAGGAUCCACACUGGAGAGAAACCGUAUUAACACACUGUACGUGGGAA